AGCUGGCCAAAACCUUAUUUUAUUUAUCGGAUUCCUGUAUAUAUAAACUUUGCAGAUCGUAGUUAUCCGCUAGUAGACCAGUUAUGUUUAAAAUUUGUACAAUAGCAUUGAGAUCUUGCAUCUCAAACAGCAGGAGUUUAAGUUCCUCAACAUUCAGCAAAGGCCUACAGCCCUUUGCUCCUAAUCACCAUUUGUCGAGCAUCAGCAGACCAGCAUUGAAAUCUCGUCAUAAUAUUCACAGGAAUUUAUCAUCAUAUAAUAGUUCUCAACAAGGAUCUUCAAGUCCAUCCGGAAGCCCUUUAAGUUCCUGGAAACGUUGGAUUGCAGGAGUGGCCGUUUCCGCGAUCACAUUACCCCAACUAAAUUCAUUUCUUGAAUGGAAAAAUGAGGUGGAAAUCAUAGUAGAAGAUGCAGAAAUAAUAGCCGAGGUUGUUGAAAAGGUGGCUGAAGAAGUUGCAGAGGUUGCAGAUCUUCUAGACAAUCAGCUUCCUGAGGGUGGAAAGCUAAGGAAUGCAGUGGAUGUUAUAGAAGAUGUAGCAAAGGAGAUUGUCAAAGAUACCAAUAUUGCUGAAGACAUACUUAACAAGGUGGAAGAUUUUGGGAAAGAAGUUGACUCACUAAUUGCACCAGCAAACGAUCAGGUAAACCUUAAUGUCCCCCAAGAAGCAACUGAUGUCAAAGGUGCCACUUAAGCAAAGACCUAGAUUUCAAGCUCACAAUAUUUGUGCAUCUUUAUAAAAAUUUGACAUUUUGUUAAUAGCAAGAUUUUAAUUUGAAUAACACUGUUAGUAGUCAUCGUUAAAAAAAAAAAUUGUAAUCAGUUUGUUUGGAUUAUUUGUUUAAGGAAAAAGCUAAUUGCUUGUAA